UUCUCUGAUUAUGAAGUGAAGAUAGCAACAAUACGACGACUUUAAUAUGAACAACAACGAGAUAACAAUUAUACAUUUCAACGAUGUAUAUAACAUUGAACCCCAAAAGGAUGAACCCCAGGGAGGGGCAGCAAGGCUGGCAGCUUAUGUACGCAAGUGUGAGGCACAACAUCUGAAUCCCCUUGUCAUAUUUAGCGGAGAUGUUUUGAACCCGUCACUAUUAAGCAUAUUUAUGAAGGGAGAACAAAUGAUUCCUGUUCUUAAUGCCAUAGGAGUUCACUGUGCCGUAUAUGGCAAUCACGACUUUGAUUUUGGAGUUGACCAUUUAGAAAAUUUUAGAAGGCAGACUAACUUUCCAUGGCUUAUAAGCAAUGUUACGGAUAACCUCACAAAAGAGUCACUGGCUGAAGGGAAGGUUACUCACAUGAUGGAGUGGAAUGGCUUUAAGUUAGGGUUUAUAGGUCUGGUGGAGGAGGAAUGGAUCGACACACUGGCCACACUGGAUCCUGAAGAUGUUACCUUCGCAGAUUUUGUCACGAGAGGAAAGGAGUUAGGGAAUCAGCUAAAAGAGCAGGGCGCAGACAUUGUCAUAGCUAUGACACACAUGAGAUGGCCAAAUGAUCGUCGACUGGCAGAAGAAUGUGAUGUGAUAGAUUUGAUCCUUGGAGGCCAUGAUCAUGACUAUAAUGUAGAAAUGGUUAAUGGAAAGUAUGUAGUGAAAAGUGGAACAGACUUUAGGAACCUGAGUAAGAUUACGAUAGGAAAGGACGAAUCUGGCCUUAACCUGGAUAUCAAAAGGGUUGACCUUGACUCUAGUUGGGAAGAGAACCAAGAGGUCAAGGACAUUGUUGGGAAGCUGUUAGGACAAGUUGAGAGCAAAAUGGAUGAACAUUUAGGGGAAAUGGCAGUUGAAAUGGAUGGCAGAUUUUCCUCUAUACGAAGCAGUGAAACAAACUUAGGUAAUCUGGUGACUGAUGUCAUGCUAGAGAUAUCAAAAGCAGACGUGGCAUUGUUGAACUCAGGAACUUUCCGUUCAGACAGAAUUCAUGAUAAGGGUGAAUUCAAAUUGAGAGACCUGCUUACAAUUCUUCCACUAGUAGAUCCUUUGAUUGUGUUAAAAGUCACAGGAAAGCAGAUACUGCAAGCUUUAGAGAAUGGUGUUUCUCAGUAUCCAAAGCUGGAAGGGAGGUUUCCCCAGGUGUCUGGUAUGUCAUAUGGAUUUGACCCCAGUAAGCCUAGUGGUAGCAGGGUGGACCCAGCCCUGGUCAAAGUACAGGAGGAUUAUCUAGUCCUGGAUAAGGUUUACAGUUUGUGUACCAAAGAAUAUAUCGCUAUGGGUAAAGAUGGAUAUGAAGUUUUCAAGAAUUGUGACAUCCUUGUAACAUCAGAGCAGUGCUGCACAUUGAGUACUGCUGUACGAAAUCACUUCGAGUCCAUCCUCAUCAAACAGGGACGCAAAACUUGUAAAUCAGGACAUAGACAAAGUCUUGUCAGCCUUGUUAGGAAGAAAAGUUUGGUCCAUCAGAAGAGUCAGUCAAUGGAGUGUGUAAACUUGUCUAGCCGCCUGGUACGUCAGGUUAGCGUCCACGAGAUCGAGACGGAGCAGUGUCUUCUGGCUCCAAGGGUCGAGAGACGCAUCUUCACUUACGAUGAUGAGACAAAGCAAAUCUUGUUGGCUUCUAAGUUGGAAUCUAACCACAGUUUAAGAGAUUCCUGUAUACGAGAGUCAUCUCUAGAAACAACACCCAGUACUGACCUGGAGGAGUUGGAUUCUGACUUCUUCUAAAAUGUGGAUUGGAGAGACCUAGACAAAAUAGGCCUGGAUGAUAUACCAUUAACAAAUAAUGUAGUGGUUAUCUGAAAAUUCCUGGCCAUCUAGCGUAUAUUGGCUGUGAAAUGAUUUGAUUGGAAAAAUAUUUAAAAAUUCACAAAAUGAAGUCAGUCCAAUUGAAGUUAAAGAUAUAUGAUUAAGGAUGCUGAAUUUAACUUGACCUUUGUUUCUGAUGAUAAUGUUGUUUCAGAAUAUGUAUGCCUAAAGGAGUUAAAUUUCUAUCAAUAAGCCCAAUAUGCAAAAUAGAAAAAAAAUCCUAAUGCAUCAAAAGCAUGACUGUUGAAGAUUUAUUAAUAUGUGUAUUGACAAAAUACCUGGGUAAAGUAAAAGAAUUCUGAAAAAGAUGAUGUCAGAAGAAAUAUAGAACUAACCACUUAUUUAUGUUUUGACUUUACAAGAAUCUAGAUAACUGUACUACAUGUACAAGUAUUUUUAAAUGUUGGCCUUAUCAUAUUCUCUCCCCGCUCCAAGGACACAUGCUUCAACAGAAGAAUUGUAAUGUUAUAAAUGAUAAUUGCCUGCAUGCCCAUUUCAGGUGCUGUGAUAAUCAGUAUAAUUUAUACUUAAUUAAUUAGUAGUUAACUGCCAGUACAUAUCAUUCAGUUAAUAAUGCAUUUUGUUAUCUACUUUUUUCACAUGUUGAAAAAUCUUUUGUUAUGCUACCUCUAACGAAGUUGGGAUAAAUAUCUCCUGAACAGGUUAAAGUAUCCAGAAUUGAAUCAGGUCUGUUUGUAUGACAGGAUCAAUCUUUACUGCGGGACUAAUACUGCUGUAAAAGAAACAUUUACAAUAAAGUAUUAAAAGAUUCGCCCCUGAAAUGGAAUGAGGCUAGAUUUGUAAAGAUUCGCCCCUGAAAUAGAAUGAGGCUAGAUUUGUAAAGAUUCGCCCGUGAAAUGGAAUGAUGCUAGAUUUGUAAAGAUUCGCCUGUGAAAUGGAAUGAGGCUAGAUUUGUAAAGAUUCGCCUGUGAAAUGGAAUGAGGCUAGAUUUGUAAAGAUUCGCCUGUGAAAUGGAAUGAGGCUAGAUUUGUAAAGAUUUGCCCGUGAAAUGGAAUGAUGCUAGAUUUGUAAAGAUUCGCCUGUGAAAUGGAGUGAUGCUAGGUUUGUUUAUUCCUGUACUAAUAAUGAUAUUCUAACCAUUAUACCAGUUCCUCAGGUCUCAGUCAGGCUCAGAUUUGAUAUAAUCCAGCAUUCAGUUCUUGUUAAGUUUUAAAAUAUCAAUCAUCAUCUUUUUGUUGGAAUAUCCUGAAAUAACCAUCUGCCAUGUGUUGUUAAGUUUGAAAUAUGUAUAACUGUUCAAUUUAGGCACCAAUACACAAGGACAUUCCAUGUUAGAUAUUUUACCUAUAAAUGCAUAUCAUCGUGUUUAAUUUUUAGACCUUUUAACCUGUGAUCAGUAUUGUAACCUGUCAUGUGUGACAAGUUUACCUGUCAUGUGUGACCAGUUUACCUGUCAUGUGUAACCAGUUUACCUUUCAUGUGUAACCAGUUUACCUGUCAUGUGUGACCAGUUUACCUGUCGUGUGUAACCAGUUUACCUGUCAUGUGUGACCAGUUUACCUGUCAUGUGUGACCAGUUUACCUGUUGUGUGUGACCAGUUUACCUGUCCUGUGUGACCAGUUUACCUGUCCUGUGUGACCAGUUUACCUGUCGUAUGUGACCAGUUUACCUGUUGUGUGUGACCAGUUUACCUGUCAUGUGUGACCAGUUUACCUGUCAUGUGUGACUUGUUUGGUACCUGUCCAGCCAUUAAUUUGUUAUGCACUGAUGUAAUACACAGCAUUGUUUUAUGUUGCUUCCUCAAAAAAUACACAAUACAUAUUCCACUACUUUACAUAUUCCACUACUUUACAUAUUCCACUACUUCAGGACUUUCCCGGUGAUUUCUACCUGUUUUAAUGUACAACUUAUAUACCUGCACAAUUCAACUUUUGUCUUUUAAGAUUUUAUUUUAUAUCUGGUAGGCAAGUGCAACAUUUCUUGUUUUAAUUUCUUCUUUUUCCAGCUGUCUCAGUUGGUAGUUUAAAUGUUUCAUAUUUAUUACAAUUCUUAUUCCCUUACAUUUUAAGUAGUACAACGUAAUUUCAUUGUUCUCAAAUUUUCUAUUUCUUUGCAUAUCUUUUUACAAUUUUCCUUGUGCUAUUAACCUGGUAGCUAUUUUACAUAUUUUCUGUUAAUGUUCAAUUUGCUCUGUUAAUUUUUUCUCUGUAUUUUCCAAUAGCCAUUUUACUUUUCUGUGUUGUCUGCAGCAGUUAUCUUCUAUUUCCAACUCUGUCCAUGUCAUAUUACUUAAUAGUUGAUAUAGUAUAUAGUUAAUAAGCUGUAACAUACAUACUGUUGCGGUACUCUUGUUUUAGUGGUUUUCCCGCUAGAAGCAUUAUACUAAUUAAAUUAUGAUUGUGCCAAUUGUCCUUUCUAUAUACAGUAAAACACGGUUAUAACGAAUCCCAGCGGACCAACUGAAUCAGUUCGCUAUAUCGAUAGUUUGUAUUACGUGUAUUACGAAUUUUAUUGUUUUUUCCUAAAAACGUCGCUGUAUGAAAAUAUUAAAAUAGAAUUACAAGUAAAUACAAAUUAAAAGCGAUUCAAUUAUUUUAAGUCAGUUAUAACUUUCUGCAGAAACUUUUUGUGUGAGGCAAGUGUGUACAAAGUACUAAAAGCAUCUGACGUAUCAUUUUGGGACUCCAGAAAAUGGCCUGUCUCGUGUAAAUAAUCACUCGCCGUAGCACCACUGAUUACGGAAUGUUCCUCCUCUGACUCUAUUUUCUCGUCUUCACUGUCCGAAACGUCUCAUCUGCAUCAGUCCUUUCCGUUGCGGUGACCUCUACCCCGGAAGCCUAGUUUUCAUUAGCUCUAAGUCGCUUGAUGAUAAAGCCAUUGCGAAACACACAUGUACGGUGUACACACUAAGACAUCUAAGAAUGGAUUAACAACUUAACAUAACAUCGACAAAACAACUCACGUUAUUCAGAGGUCAUCGAAAACAUAACUCACCGAUUCAAUAGCCGUACAAAUACAUACCCUGAAACGUGCCCUCGGAUGCCUCUCUCACUAUAGUGUUAAAAUAACAUGGAAUUUCAGCCGACGGGACCGCUAAAUUGGUUCGUUAUAGACAAUAUUUCGCUAUGUGAAAUUCGCAAUAUAAUUACAGAAUUACAUAGAAGUAAGAGGGAGAAUAGCUGGGGAAUCAGAAUGAGUUCGCAAUAUCCAUAAAAUCACUAUAAGCGUGUUUGUACUAAAUGUGUUUUACUGUACCUUUUUCUAUAAGAACAAUUUUAGUGCAUCACUUUAUCAAUGUGCUAAUCUGUUAAAAUUCAAAAAUCCACUUAAAUUGGAGUAUGCCAAAUAAAGUACAUUUUCUAUAUACAUGUAGUUGAUAUAGUAUGAACUUGGUAAUUAACUGUUAUGUUCAUUCGUUGAUAUUGUACAUUGUACUACUUAUAUUAAGACAUUACCACACUCCAGUGUUCAUUGUACUCUGUCAGAUUGAAUUGUCCAAUCAAAGUCAUGUUAACCUUAAGUCAAGUGAGUUAUUAAUUUAAAAUUGCAUCACUCAGAAAUUAAUGGUCAUAGAAAUGUCACCAGUUCAAUAACUUCAUUAACCCUAGGGUGUUAUUUUAAGUAACUGGAGCCCCUGUUUUAUCCAUAUUGUGUCAGAGUUAACUAUAGCAAUACACGGUACUAAAUAUUGUGUCAGAGUAAACAAUAGCAAUACACAGUAUUACAUAUUGUGUCAGAGUUAACUAUAGCAAUACACGGUACUAAAUAUUGUGUCAGAGUAAACAAUAGCAAUACACAGUAUUACAUAUUGUGUCAGAGUUAAAAAUAGCAAUACACGGUACUACAUAUUGUGUCAGAGUUAACAAUAGCAAUACACAGUACUACAUAUUGUGUCAGAGUAAACAAUAGCAAUACACAGUAUUACAUAUUGUGUCAGAGUUAACUAUAGCAAUACACGGUACUACAUAUUGUGUCAGAGUUAACUAUAGCAAUACACGGUACUACAUAUUGUGUGGGGGUUAAAAAUAGGAAUACACAGUACUACAUAUUGUGUCAGAAUUUACAAUAGCAAUACACAGUACUACAUAUUGUGUCAGAGUUAACAAUAGCAAUACACAGUACUACAUAUUGUGUCAGAGUUAACAAUAGCAAUACACAGUACUACAUAUUGUGUCAGAGUAAACAAUAGCAAUACACGGUACUACAUAUUGUGUCAGAGUUAACAAUAGCAAUACACGGUACUACAUAUUGUGUCAGAGUUAAAAAUAGCAAUACACAGUAUUACAUAUUGUGUCAGAGUAAACAAUAGCAAUACACAGUACUACAUAUUGUGUCAGAGUUAAAAAUAGCAAUACACAGUACUACAUAUUGUGUCAGAGUAAACAAUAGCAAUACACAGUACUACAUAUUGUGUCAGAGUUAAAAAUAGCAAUACACAGUACUACAUAUUGUGUCGGGGUUAAAAAUAGGAAUACACAGUACUACAUAUUGUGUUGGAGUUUACAAUAGCAAUACACAGUACUACAUAUUGUGUCGGAGUUAACAAUAGGAAUACACAGUACUACAUAUUGUGUUGUAGUUAACAAUAGCAAUACACAGUACUACAUAUUGUGUCGGACUUAACAAUAGCAAUACACAGUACUACAUAUUGUGUCAGAGUUAACAAUAGCAAUACACAGUACUACAUAUUGUGUUGUAGUUAACAAUAGCAAUACACAGUACUACAUAUUGUGUCAGAGUUAAAAAUAGCAAUACACAGUACUACAUAUUGUGUCAGAGUUUACAAUAACAAUACACAGUACUACAUAUUGUGUCAGAGUAAACAAUAGCAAUACACAGUACUACAUAUUGUGUUGUAGUUAACAAUAGCAAUACACAGUACUACAUAUUGUGUCAGAAUUAACAAUAGCAAUACACAGUACUACAUAUUGUGUCAGAGUUAACAAUAGCAAUACACAGUACUACAUAUUGUGUCAGAGUUAACUAUAGCAAUACACGGUACUACAUAUUGUGUCAUAGUUAACAAUAGCAAUACACAGUACUACAUAUUGUGUCAGAGUUUACAAUAGCAAUACACAGUACUACAUAUUGUGUCAGAGUUAACAAUAGGAAUACACAGUACUAGUCAAGUGUUUGAAGAUAUUUUGUUAUAGUUUUUAAGCCCACCAUUAUCAGGUGUUUAUUUGUAGAAAACCAUACAAAUUCUCAAGACCACUUGUCCUUGCAGACUUAAAUGGCAUUGAACAAGUCUUCAUAUCUAUGUAUCAAAUAUUUGUCAGGUAUUGUUCCUAAGUUCAGGAUACCAUUUAACAGAUUUCCAAGGCUUAAACACUAACACAAACUCCUGGGUUAUGAAUGAUAUCAUUAAAAAGCUAUUUCAAGGAUCUGUAUACCAUUAGCAGGGCUAUUACUUGAUCCUGAAUACAAUUAAAAAGACUAUUCCAAGGUUUUGAAUAUCAAAAAUGCUAAUUCUAGGUUAUGAAUACCAUACUAUCAGUAUUAAUAGAUUUCACAUAUCAUCAGAAUCUCCCGACAUUGAUACCAUUAAAAGACUAUUCCUAGUUUUAUUUGACGUCAAAACUAAAGACUAUACUUCAUUCAGAAAACCAUCAAUGAGGUUUUCCUUUUUCUAAGUACAAAAUGUACUACCAAAGUGGUAGAUCUUGCAUUCUGAAUACCAUUUCAAAGACAGUUGGCUCUUUCUAUAAAAUCUUUUCUAGGGUUCUGAAUACCAUUAAAACAACUAUUACAGUGUUCUUAAUACCAUGAAAAGACUAGAGCUUGAAUCCAUAUCAACUGUUCCUAGAAUGGUUUGUCAGAAAGGCUAUUUCUUGGUUCUGAAUAUCAUGAACUAGGACAAGUAAUAUAAAUGCAGUAGAUCUUCUCAUGCAUUCCUUUUCAUUAUAGACAUUUGGAACUCUCUUUAUUUAGUGCUUUAUGUACUUCUCAUAGUAAACAUUAUUUGUAUGUAUAUAUUUUUGUGUUUGUUUAACUUUUAGAUGUAAGUAAGCAAUGCAAUACCAUUUUUGUAUUUCUAUACUUAUAUGAAAUACAUUGAUAACAUAACAGAUACAUAACCCAAAUUGAAAGGCUAAGCUGCUCUCUAUUUACAGAUAAAAUGUUACUAUUGAUAUAUCUGUUUAUAUUGUGUUACCAAUUAAAACAAUGUCAGCCUGUUUUCAUCUAUAAAUUUCAAUAAUGAUACAUAUAUUAAAUUGAAUUAUACAAUGUUCGUACAUGUUCUUAAGCUACUCAUUGCCAUGUUAACUAUAUAAGUUACAUAUUGAUUUUUAUAUAAUGAUAAAUGUAUAGCCAAAUGAUGAAUUGUAUCCCUAGAUGUAGUCCAAUGAUGAACUGUAUCCCUAGAUGUAGUCCAAUGAUGAACUGUAUCCCUAGAUGUAGUCCAAUGAUGAACUGUAUCCCUAGAUGUAGCACAGUGAUGAACUGUAUCCCUAUAUGUAACGUAGUGAUGAACUGUAUCCCUAGAUGUAGUCCAAUGAUGAACUGUAUCCCUAUAUGUAACGUAGUGAUGAACUGUAUCCCUAUAUGUAGUCCAAUGAUGAACUGUAUCCCUAGAUGUAGUCCAAUGAUGAACUGUAUCCCUAGAUGUAGCACAGUGAUGAAUUGUGUCCCUAUAUGUAAGGUAGUGAUGAAUUGUAUCCCUAUAUGUAGCACAGUGAUGAAUUAUAUCCCUAUAUGUAGCACAAGAUGAACUGUAUCCCUAUAUGUAACGUAGUGAUGAACUGUACCCCUAUAUGUAGCAUAGUGAUGAACUGUAUCCCUAUAUGUAACGUAGUGAUGAACUGUACCCCUAUAUGUAACGUAGUGAUGAACUGUAUCCCUAGAUGUAGCAGUGAUGAACUGUAUCCCUAUAUGUAACGUAGUGAUGAACUGUACCCCUAUAUGUAACGUAGUGAUGAACUGUAUCCCUAGAUGUAGCACAGUGAUGAACUGUAUCCCUAGAUGUAGUCCAAUGAUGAACUGUAUCCCUAUAUGUAGCACAGUGAUGAAUUGUAUCCCUAUAUGUAAUCCAAUGAUGAUGAAUUGUUACCCUAUAUGUUGCAGAAUGAUGAAUUGUAACCCUAUAUGUUGCAGAAUGAUGAAUUGUAGCCCUUGAUUAAUUGAUCUGGUAGCCAAGCACUGAAUAAAUUCUUUAAUAAUUACAUUCCUGAA